AAUUAUGAUGAAUAUAAGGAAAUGAUAUUGCAUCAGUCGAACUUAUUUUGUAUUCUAAAAGUCUGUCUUUCAUUUUGUUAAUGUCUUUCAUUUAGUUUGGUAUAGAUUAAAGUUUAUUAGUAUAUAUAUUUACAAAAUUAAAUUGGUCUGGCGCGGCACAGCCAAGCAACCAAUUCAAUUUGGUUAAUACGUACCAAUAAACUUGACCAAGCUAUAUGUAAGUCAGUGUUUUAAAUUAUUUCUAUUAACAGUCGAUUUACUAGUUGUGAACUUAUGGGCAAUUGAUAUUUCAUUUUAACUCUUACCUAAACAGUGAUUUUUUAUUAACAGUUCUUAGUUGAUUUAUUAGUUGUGAACUUAAGGGAAAUUUAUAUACCAUUUUAUCUCAUACCUAAAAUUAGAACCGUCUACUGCAGGUUUUUUUUAGGAAAAUGGGAAACCAUUGGUAGGGAGGGGGAAAAAUAUAAGAGAAAGUCAAUUUGGGGAUAACUAUGACGAUAUUCAUACUUAUUACUAUAUGCUGAACUACAUAGUAGAGAAUCACAACUAUAUCUUUUUCCCCUUAAAAACUUAAUCAUCAUGCAAAAUAUUCUUUGCAGUAUAACAUUUUAAUACAUGUAUGUAUCAUGUGGUGAAUGGUUUUUAUACAUCAAAUUUUGUCUGAAUUUUAAUACAGUAUAGGUAAAAUAGUGUAUCUGUGACACACUUUAGCUCCAUACAAGUAAUUUUCAUAAUAAGAAAUACAAAAUAUAUUACUUAACUAAAAAUAACCAAGAAAAUGACAAUAUUUUGAUAGCAACAGAACUGAUUUCCAGAAAUAGUACGGUUCAGUAUGUGAUAUAGCCAAGAAAAAAAAUGGCCGCCUCCAUGUUCAGACAGUACUUGCAGUUUCCUGCAACGUUUUUGGUUAUUUUAGACAACAAUUAUGAGAGGUAAUUAAAAGCAUGUCAUACUUAAGGCGCUGGCGUCAAAAUGAGGCUGCUGCACAAGCUUUGGCUGAGAGCAGUGAUGAAGAUGAUGUUGCUACAAAUAUGACAGUAGUUAAUGUAGGAGGAUAUGAUAUCACAUCCUCAUCUGAAGUUUUUGAUGAAAAUAAUGUUUCUUAUAAUGAUGACAGUGAUGAUAACUUGUCGGAUUAUGGCUUUUCUGAGACAAUUGUAUCAUCUGAGACCGAUUCUGAGACGGACAAUUUGUCAGAUGAAGAAAAUGAUGAAUCAACAUUAAGGGAACAAUUAGCAACAUGGGCUACAUCUAAUAAUUUAAGCAAAAAAUGUGUAGAUGAUCUAUUGAAACUUCUAACUUCAAGAUGUAAUACUUACCUCCCAAAAGAUAGUAGAACACUACUUAAAACCCCUAAAAUGGUAGAUUAUGUUGAAAAGUGUGGUGGAAAAUUUAUUUACUUUGGUAUAAGGAUUGGGUUAUUGAAAAUUUUAUCUUUGAAGUCAUUUUCACUUGAUGCUUCAGAACAGAAUACAAUAAAGCUGAAUUUCAAUAUUGAUGGAAUUCCUUUAUUUAAGUCAACUGGAACACAGUUUUGGCCAAUUCUCUGUAACUUCAAAAGCUAUACACCUUUUAUGGUGGCCAUUUUCUACAGUUCACACAAGCCUAAUUCUUUAGAAGAAUUUUUAAUUGAUUUCAUUGAGGAAUUAAAUGAACUUAUAUCUGAAGGCAUACAGUUAGACAAUCAAAACUUCCAUAUUAGAAUCAAUGCUUUCAUUUGUGAUGCUCCAGCACGAGCUUUUCUAAAAAAUGUAAAAGGCCAUUCUGGUUAUAAUGCUUGUGAGAGAUGUGCUGUUCAUGGAUACUAUAAAGAUAAUCGUGUUAUUCUUCACUCCGAUGAAGUAUGCACUCCAAGGACAAAUGAGGACUUUGCUGCUUUCAAGUACCCAUCUCACCAAAAUGGAAUAUCUCCACUUGCAGCAUCAGGCAUACCAUGUGUUACAAGUUUUAGUCUUGACUACAUGCACUUGGUAUGCCUUGGUGUUGUUAAGCGAGUUUUAUGGUUUUUAAGGCAAGGACCAACAGUAUGUAAACUUUCAGCAUUACAAGUGUCAGAAAUAUCAAAUGCCUUGAUUUCACUUUCUGGUAAAUUGCCUUCAGAGUUUGCACGUCAGCCAAGAUCAUUGUAUGAUAUAGAGCGCUGGAAAGCUACAGAAUUUAGACAAUUCCUCCUAUAUACAGGUCCAGUUGUUCUUAAAAAGUUUUUAACCAAAGAAAUGUAUGAACAUUUUUUAAGCUUAACUGUAGCCAUAGCAAUACUUCUUGAUAAUGAUUCAGUUACGAGAACAUCAUAUUUGAGUUAUGCACAAAAUCUCUUAAGUUAUUUUGUCAAAAAAAGUAAAGACAUAUAUUCAGAGAAAUUCAUUGUCUAUAAUGUCCAUUGUCUUACUCACCUGGCUGAUGACUGUAGGCAUUUUAUGUGUUCAUUGAAUGAAAUAUCAGGAUUUCCAUUUGAAAAUCAUCUACAAUCAGUUAAAAAAUUAGUGAAAAAAGCUAGAAAUCCAAUAGUUCAGGUUGCGAAAAGAAUACAGGAAAGAAAAACUGCUGAUUUGUAUUGGGUGUUAGACUUAAGUCAACAUUUAAUGUUAUUUCAAUCAAAGAAAGAAAUAGAUGUUUUCUACUCAAUGAUGGAUCGUAUGCUUUUGUGAAAGAAAAGAAAGACAAACAUAAUUUAGUGUGCCAAGUUUUAAAGCAAGAACAGUCAGAAAGUUUUUUCAGAAAGCCGUGUGAUUCCAAACUCUUGAACAUUGCUAUUGUCAGACGUCAUCAACGAAUGAAAAGGAAAAACAUACAUAUUUCUCAGCUGUACAGAAAACUAGUAUGUUUGCCUACUGAGCAUGGGAAUGUCCUUAUACCUAUGUUGCACACCAUGGAGCAAUGAAUGUGGGUAAGAGCAGUGUGGAUGGAGGGUGACAGGGAAGAAGAGGGUGUUGUACCGAAACAUGGAUUAAAGGUGGUUACCUUUUCUGGCCACCUGGAGUUGAUGCACGGAAAAGCUCGUGAAAAGAAGAUUUCACCACA